AUGGACGACCUGUUCCCCCUCAUCUUCCCAUCGGAGCCGGCCCAGGCCUCCGGCCCCUAUGUGGAGAUCAUCGAGCAGCCCAAGCAGCGGGGCAUGCGCUUUCGCUACAAGUGCGAGGGCCGAUCUGCAGGCAGCAUCCCAGGAGAGAGGAGUACGGACACCACUAAGACCCACCCCACCAUUAAGAUCAAUGGCUACACAGGGCCAGGGACAGUUCGCAUCUCCCUCGUCACCAAGGACCCUCCUCACCGGCCUCACCCCCACGAACUUGUAGGGAAGGACUGCCGGGAUGGCUUCUAUGAGGCGGAACUCUGCCCGGACCGCUGUAUCCACAGCUUCCAGAACCUGGGAAUCCAGUGUGUGAAGAAGCGGGACCUGGAACAGGCCAUCAGUCAGCGCAUCCAGACCAACAACAACCCCUUCCAAGUGCCUAUAGAAGAACAGCGUGGGGACUAUGACCUGAACGCUGUGAGACUCUGCUUCCAGGUGACAGUGUGUGACCCGUCAGGCAGGCCCCUCCGCCUGCCGCCUGUCCUCUCUCAUCCCAUUUUUGACAACCGCGCCCCCAACACUGCUGAGCUCAAGAUCUGCCGAGUGAACCGAAACUCUGGGAGCUGUCUUGGCGGGGAUGAGAUCUUCCUACUGUGUGACAAGGUGCAAAAAGAGGACAUUGAGGUGUGUUUCACGGGACCUGGCUGGGAGGCCCGAGGCUCCUUCUCCCAAGCAGAUGUGCACCGGCAAGUGGCCAUUGUCUUCCGAACACCCCCCUACGCCGACCCCAGCCUGCAGGCCCCUGUGCGAGUCUCCAUGCAGCUGCGGAGGCCUUCCGAUCGGGAGCUCAGUGAGCCCAUGGAAUUCCAGUACCUGCCAGACACAGAUGAUCGUCACCGGAUUGACGAGAAACGAAAGAGGACUUAUGAGACCUUUAAGAGCAUCAUGAAGAAGAGUCCCUUCAAUGGCCCCACGGACCCAAGGCCUCCAUCCCGACGCAUUGCUGUGCCUUCCCGAAGCUCAGCUUCCAUCCCCAAGCCAGCCCCCCAGCCCUAUCACUUUACGCCGUCCCUCAGCACCAUCAACUUUGAGGAGUUUUCCCCCAUGAUCUUUUCUCCCGGGCAGAUCCCAAGCCAGGCCCAGGCCCCAGCCCCAACCCCAGCCCCAGUUCUGGCCCCAGCCCCAGCCAUGGCAUCAGCUUUGGCCCAGGCCCCAGCCCCUGUCCUAGCUUCAGGCCCUGCUCAGGCUGUGCCCCCACCAGCUCCCAAGACCACCCAGACCGGGGAAGGGACACUGACGGAGGCACUGCUACAGCUGCAGUUUGAUGCUGAUGAAGACCUGGGUGCUCUGCUUGGCAGCGGCUCAGAUCCCGCUGUGUUCACAGACCUGGCUUCAGUUGACAACUCAGAGUUUCAGCAGAUGCUGAGCCAGGGUGUGUCUAUGGCUCCCCAUACAGCCGAGCCCAUGCUGAUGGAGUACCCUGAGGCUAUAACUCGCCUGGUGUCUGGGUCCCAGAGGCCCCCGGACCCAGCUCCCACCCCUCUGGGUGCCUCGGGGCUACCCAAUGGCCUUCUGUCAGGGGAUGAAGACUUCUCCUCAAUCGCGGACAUGGACUUCUCAGCUCUGCUCAGUCAAAUCAGCUCUUAA